AUGGCGAAAAUUGAUAUGAUAAUUGGCAUGGAUUGGUUGUCUGCUAAUGGAGCGACGUUAAACUGUAAUAGAAAGAUAGUUUCAUUACUAGUGUACACGGUGACUACUAUGAUGGAUGAGACUACACUGUCUGUACCUACUAUUACUUUGGAGACUCCCAAGUUCUUAUCAGUAGUACAAGUGGAGAAAUUAGUGAAGGAAGGCUGUCAAGCUUUCAUGGUGUUUUGCUUAGUACACGGAGUAUAUGAUGGACCAAUAGAUAAGAUUGGAGUUGUCAAUGAGUUUCCUAAGGUGUUUGCAGACAAAGUGUCUAGAUUGCCACCAGAGAGAGAGAUUGAGUUCUCAAUCGACUUAGUACUUGAUAUCGAGCCAAUCUAUAAGGCUUCGUAUCGGAUGGCUCCAACAGAAUUGAAUGAGCUUAAAAAGCAGCUAGAGGAGUUAUUGGAGAAAGCGUUGAUUAGACCUAGCGUUUCACCUUAA